AUGGCUCCCAAGAAGAAGAUCGCCGUCAUGACCUCGGGAGGUGACUCCCCUGGUAUGAACGCUGCUGUUCGAGCUGUCGUGCGCAUGUCUCUGCAUAUGGGCUGUGACGCAUUUUGCGUCUAUGAGGGAUAUGAAGGUCUGGUCCAGGGCGGCGAUUUCAUCCGACAGAUGCAGUGGGACGACGUUCGAGGCUAUCUCGGAGAGGGUGGCACACUCAUCGGUACUGCUCGAUGCAUGGCCUUUUACGAGCGUCCCGGUCGAUUGGUAGCCGCCAAGAACAUGGUUCUAUCUGGCAUUGAUGCCCUUAUUAUUUGCGGUGGUGACGGAUCCUUGACUGGUGCCGACAGGUUCCGAGCUGAAUGGCCUUCUCUUUUGGAGGAGCUUGUUUCAACGGGCCACUUGAAGGAGGAACAAACCACACCUUACAAGCAUCUUAACAUCGUAGGCCUUGUUGGCUCCAUCGACAACGAUCUCACAGGCACAGACGCCACCAUCGGCUGCUACUCUGCGCUCGCCCGUAUUUGCGAGAUGGUUGAUUACGUUGAGGCGACUGCUUCUUCACACUCCCGCGCUUUCGUUGUUGAGGUGAUGGGACGACACUGCGGUUGGCUGGCUCUCAUGGCUGGUGUUGCGACUGGUGCAGACUUUGUCUUUAUUCCCGAGAGACCUCGUGAGAAUGACUGGCAAGAGGAGAUGAAGGUCGUUGUUAGAAGACAUCGAGCACUCGGAAAGCGCAAGACAAUUGUCAUUGUCGCCGAGGGUGCCCGCGACAACAACGGAACCAAGAUCGGCGCCGAAGAAAUCAAGGACAUCCUAGCCGACAAGAGCAAGGGAGGUCUUGCUCUUGACACCCGUAUCACCACUCUCGGUCACGUUCAACGAGGUGGUACUGCUGUCGCCUACGACCGAAUGCUCGCUACCCUACAGGGCGUGGAAGCCGUCAAAGCUGUCCUUGAAGCUACCCCCGAGACCGAGACUCCCUUUAUCGCCAUUAACGAAAACAAGAUUGUUCGCAAGCCUCUGAUGAAAGCUGUUGCCGAGACACAGGAACUCGCCAAGGCUGUUGACGCCAAGGACUUCGAUAAGGCUAUGUCUCUACGAGAUGCUGAGUUUGCCGAUCAAUGGAACUCUUAUAUGUUGACAACCAACGUCAUGGUCGAUGACGAGAAGUUGCCGGAGAGAGAACGCAUGCGAAUCGGUUUCAUCAACGUCGGUGCCCCUGCUGGUGGCAUGAACGCCGCAGUUCGUGCGGCUGUCGCAUACUGUCUUUCAAAGGGCCACGAACCCCUUGCUAUUCACAACGGUUUCGCUGGAUUUGCGCGACACCAUGACGAUAAGCCCCUCGGUGCAGUUCGUCCGUUCGACUGGCUCGAGGUUGAUGGUUGGGCAAGCAAGGGUGGUUCCGAGAUUGGCACAAACAGAGAGCUUCCUGGCGAGUCAGGCAUGGAACUGAUUGCCAACUUGAUUGAGGAACACAACUUUGAUGCUCUGUUCAUCGUUGGUGGUUUCGAGGCUUUCCACUCCGUCACACAGAUGCGCAAGGCUAGGACGCAAUUCCCCUCUUUGUGCAUCCCCAUGUGCCUUCUCCCUGCCACAAUCUCCAACAACGUUCCCGGAACAGAAUACUCUUUGGGAUCCGAUACCUGCUUGAACGAACUUGUCAACUACUGUGACAAGAUCAAGCAAUCCGCUUCUGCCACGCGUCGUCGUGUGUUUGUUAUUGAGACACAGGGAGGCCGAUCCGGUUACAUUGCUACCUUGGCUGGUCUUGAUGUCGGUGCUUCCGCUGUCUACAUUCCCGAAGAAGGCAUUUCCCUCGAGAUGCUUAACUCUGAUGUCAACCAUCUCAAGGAAGUGUUCCGAAAGGACAAGGGUCAGACUCGUGCUGGACGCCUAAUUCUCGUCAACGAGAAGGCCAGCAAGGUCUACAGCGCAAAGCUGAUUGCCGACAUCAUCCGUGAGGAGGCUCACGAUAGAUUCGAGAGCCGAGAGAGCAUCCCCGGUCACGUCCAGCAGGGCGGUGUUCCUUCCCCUAUGGAUCGCUGCCGAGCUGUUCGCCUGGCCAUCAAGUGUAUUCAGCACCUCGAAGGUUAUGGACGCAAUGCCCACAACCACGUCAAGAAGGACCCCAAGAGUGCCUCAGUCAUUGGCAUUCAGGGAUCUGAGGUUGUAUUCUCUGGAGUGGAAGAUCUGGAGGAGAACGGCACAGACUGGCCCAACCGACGACCCAAGACUGCCCACUGGAUGGGUCUUUCUGAGACAGUGGACAUGUUGGCGGGCCGUCCCAAUUACCCCGUGCCCGAAAAGAGCUUGACAGGGUUGAUCGCAAAGGACACAAAACGUGGUCUUUAA